GCUGUGUUUGGUUCAGCUCCGUCGGCCUCCUCGGCGUCAAGCGGGUUUCUAACGUAAAUUUAACCGACACCUGCGACGGCAGUCAGAUUUAACUAGUCUUUUUUUGUUUUGCCGGUGAUAUAGAGAUGGGUGUAGCUGAAGACCAGGCUUCGUGUUAACGUGUUUUUAUGUGGACUGUCUCGGUGAUGUUGCCCGCUUCAGAGAAACUGCCUGGUUCAGGCUGAGUUUUCGGCAUGACAGGAAUGAAGACAGAUCUGCAGCUAUUGAUAGUGAUUCUGAAAGCCGGCAUCUUAUUACCUUGCUAUCAAGAUUUCUCAUACAGAUUUUCAAAUGAAAAUGGAGGAUAUGCCCCUGUCAGGCCCAGACAACACCAAGCUGGAGGCCUUGGUCCAUGACAUCUACUCUGAGCUGGUGGAAGAUGCCUGUUUGGGCCUGUGUUUUGAAGUACAUCGUGCUGUGAAACAGGGCUAUUUCUUCUUGGAUGAAACGGACCAGGAGAGCAUGAAGGAGUUUGAAAUUGUGGAUCAGCCAGGAGUGGACAUAUUUGGGCAGGUGUACAAUCAGUGGAAGAACAAAGAGUGCGAGUGUCCAAACUGCAAAAGACUGAUAGCGGCUUCUCGCUUCGCCCCACACUUGGAGAAAUGUCUCGGCAUGGGGCGCAACAGCAGUCGCAUCGCCAACCGCAGGCUGGCCAGCAAUAAUAACCUGAGCAAAUCAGAGAGUGAUCAGGAAGACAACGAUGACCUUAAUGAUAACGACUGGUCGUAUGGGGCAGAAAAAAAAGCCAAGAAGAGAAAGUCAGACAAGAAUCAAAACUCCCCGAGAAGAUCCAAAUCUCUAAAACACAAAAAUGGGGAGCUUGGGAGCAGCAUCAGUUCAGAGCCCUACAAGUACAACUACAACACUGGCAUCAGUUAUGAAACAUUAGGGCCCGAUGAAGUCAGAUCCCUUUUAACAACACAAUGUGGGGUGAUCUCUGAGCACACCAAGAAGAUGUGUACCAGGUCUCAGCGGUGUCCCCAGCACACGGACGAACAGAGGAGGGCCGUCAGGGUGUUCCUCCUGGGGCCGUCCGCGCCGUCGCUGCCCGACGCAGACGCUGUGGUGGAGAGCGACAGCUUUGACAUUCCAGAUGGACAGACCCUGAUGAGCCGCCUGCAGUGGGAGGACUCCCCUGAUAUCUCACCCACUGACUCCGCCUCAUCUAAAGCCAGCACCAACCAUUCAGAUUCUAGGAAGCCGAAGAAGAAGAAGAGGACGUCUCUCAGUCUGAAUAGCGGAGGAGUAGGAGUAGGAGGAGGAAGUCUGACUGCAGGCAGCAGCAGCAGCAUUUCUCAGAGUAAUAUCAGCUUGUCGACCAAAAAAAAGAAGCCCAAACUCUCAGCACCUUCUAUUUCAAGUAUCUAUGACGACUUAAACUAGCAACAGCCCGUUUGUCAGGCCAGCUCUUGCCUCUUCUGAAUCGAGUCCCUCCUCUCAUACCUAACAUUCGCAGGUCUGAACGGGAUGGGAUUAAACUUGACUUAGUAGUUCUUGAAUCAUUCUGCCUUAAUAAGUAAGGCAUCUCCAUUUUAAAGAGGAUUUCUCCUGUUUUCUGAACACAGCGUUCUAAAAGGUUUGGUCAGUCACAGAGUCCAGGCAGAGUACCUCCAGGUGUGUAUCAGGGAAAUUCAUAGCUGGGUCAACACAGGCAGCUGCUGUCACCCUGCGGUGGAGAUCAUGGUGACCUGACAGUUUAUUCAUGUGACACUGUUUACAGUUGGUCCUUUGAAAUUGCAUUAGUAACUGUGGGUUCUCUGAAAUGAAUGGAAGUUAUUCCCAUUUAUAUGUUAGACCAUAUGGCCAAAAGAAUAUGGACAGCUGAACAUUACGCCCAUAUGUUAUCCUUCAGCGUGUAAUUCCUAAACCAUCGCCUUUAACUCUUGUUGUAAUGGCCUCCUCGCUUCUGAGAAAAGUUUUCCACCAGAUUUUGGAACCUGGCGGCAGGAAUUUGAUCCCAUUCGGCCACAAGAGCAUUAGAGAGGUCCAACGUUAGGGAAUAAGGCCAAGCUCACGGUCUGUGUUCCAGUUCAUUCUGAGAGCGUUGGAUGGGCUUGAGGUCUGUGCGUACCAAACUAAACUGAAAACUUCCACAGAGUUAGAGUAUCACUAUGCUGUAGCAUGUAGAUUACUUUAGACUGGAACUAAGGGGCACGGCUGCAACCGUGAAAAGCAGCCCCUGAAUAAAUGUACACAAAGGUAAGUGGAGUGGGGUGUCCGCAUAGUUUUGACAUGCGGACAUUGCCAUAUAGUUUAAGCAGCACAGGAAUUUGUCUCAGAUGACAGAAACACUACAGUCCAUGUCUGUCGAUCAGCUUACACAGAUCAAACUGAGCUGUGUGAAAUAAUAGGAUUAACAUAGAACUGAUUUUAAGUUAGGAAAAAGCUAAAUGCUUUUCUCUUAGAAACAACACAGUGAAUGGCCUUUUUCACAGCAGCAAAACCACAGGUGUAACUGAUCACAUGAAUAAGACAUGAGCUCCAUUUAGCUUUCCUAAAUUCAGGACCCUGCUGCUGUGUAUGCUUGCUCACUGACAGUGUUCACUGAUACACUUAGAUGGCACACGGCCGUAGUUAACAGUAUUAAUUACACCUGUGCUUGUUCUGCUGUGACAAGUCCAAAAACUUUUACCGUUCAGCUUUUUGGCUCCAAACCUUUAGCUCAUUAGCAUGAAAAGGCUCGAGUGUUAAACGCAGCUUUGUGAAACCUUCAGGUACUCAGGGCCUCCGGACCUGUCCCUCUCUUUUGACUCUGUGUUCACUUUAACUCGGUUGUGAGGAGACGUGGAUGUGAACUGCUUUCAAUUCAACACUUGACACACGUAUACUGGAGUACUCAUCAGUGGCUUUUUAAUUCUAGCAUUGUAUUGCACAGUUGUCUGUGUGUGUGUGUGUGCGCCUCGGUAUGCUGACUUAAAUUCAGUGUGAACGUCACUUUUUUCCCCGUGUACUGUGUGUGUGUGCGUGUGGUUUGAGGGUCUGUAUGUGUGUAAUCAUUUAUAUUUUCACAAAACUAUGCAUCCUAGAAUGUGACAUUUUUGUGAAAGUAUGUGCCAUUUUAAAUAUUUAACUUUUCUGUUUACAUCAACAAUAUAUUUAAGUUUUUAUUUGUCACUGCCUAUGAAGUGAUGUGUAUAUUAUUAGUGUGUAAAUGCAGAUUUUGAUAUUUGAUGAGCCAAAUAGGCUUUUAGGGCACAUGUACUGUACAUGUACGUAUGACAUGAGAUGGAAACUGAAUCAUGAAUCCAACAUAACUCUUUUUUUUCUUCAGCACAAAACUGGCUUGUGUAUUUUCACUCAGUUUCUAAUGUAAGUAGAACAGCGCUGCAGCUCUGCUUGUCAUUCAUGAGUGAUGAGUCUGCAUCUUGUAAGCCUAUAACCAACGAUGUAAAAGUUGUGAGAUAUAUUACAUGCUUUAGAGGUAAGAUCCACUAUUUCAACAAUCUUGUACAACUUUUCACAGUUGACGUCUUCUUUUUUUUUCUCUUAGAAAUUGGCUUAACAAACCCAAAGACUUUAACUGUUGCAGUUAUUGUUGUAGACUCAGAAGUGCACAGUAAGACUUAGGGACUGUACAAAAAUGAUUUGGGGUUGAAGGGGCCAGACAAGUGGGAGAGUUAUGUUUUUGUUUUUCUGAAGUCAGUUGGCCAGAAGUUUUUUUUUUUUUUUUAUCUUUUAAUUUUCCCUCCCCAGAUUAUGUUUCAUUUUACUAAUGAGCGUUUUAUUGUUUUAAAAAAAACAGUGACAUCAAAACCAUGGCUUUUGUGUCCACCAUGAUAGAAUUGAGUUUGGCAGUGUGCAGAGAACAGUCAUGUCUGAUGUAGUUUCCCCUUCAUCAUCACAUUACGUACCCACAGAGCUACUGCCUGAGCCCAUUGUGAGGUUGUAAUUAGCAGCUAUCGACAGUUUGCUUCACAAUAUUGGUGGAAGUGUGUUGCAGUUAUUUUUUUUCUUUUACUUUUUCUUUUAUCUCUUUUCUGUCCAGCAGGAAAAACCUAUUGUAGUUCAGCCGUUACCUCCUUUCUGGAUAUUUCAAGUGUAAGAUUUAACUCCUCCCCACCCCAGGCAUUUUUGUGCCGUUCCUUAAGUCAAGCACAUUCUGUUGUAUGUUUCAGAUGUCAUGAAAAUGUAAGUGUCGCUAACUACUUUUUUUCUUUCACUUAUUUGUCAAAGUCUUCAGUAACAUUGAUUGUGCCCUUUUGAAUCUUUUGCAGUAAAGUCUUGUGACGUGCACUAAAGAUAACUGAGCUGUUACUGAGAUACGUUGGUAGGUGUGACCCGAUUCUUCAGCCACUUUCUGUGAAUGAAGCCAACAGCUGAUGUUCUCUUGUGGCUCUUUUGUGUACCUGUGCGAGUGCAAUGGCGGAGAAUGCGACGUUGUAGGUUUUCAAUAUGUUUUUUUUUUCCCCAUGCCUAAGCACAAACGAGUGCAUGUGCGAAGGACUGUUGUAUCUGAACAUAAUGUGAUGCACAGGUUAUUUUUCUCCACUGCCAUGCAUACUGAUGUUUGUAUAUAAAUAAACACAAACCCGUA